AUGAUGCAAUUUAUGAUCUUGUUUAGCCGCCAGGGAAAAUUAAGGCUCCAAAAGUGGUAUAUUUCCUAUUCUGAAAAAGAAAAGAAAAAAAUUUUACGCGAUCUCACUACAAUUGUGCUUUCACGAAAGCCAAAAAUGUGUUCAUUUAUUGAAUGGAAGGACUUGAAAGUUGUUUAUCGUCGUUAUGCUAGUCUAUACUUCUGUGCUGCAGUUGAACCCCAGGACAAUGAGCUAUUGACUUUGGAAAUAAUCCACAGAUAUGUGGAACUUUUAGAUAAGUAUUUUGGUAGCGUUUGUGAACUCGACAUUAUAUUCCAUUUUGAAAAGGCAUACUACGUAUUAGAUGAGUUUAUGUUAGGAGGAGAAGUUCAGGAGACUGGCAAAGAAAGCGCUUUAAACGACAUUGACAUGCAAGAUUUAAUUCAAGAGAGGCACCUCAAGGAUUUUUCGAAGAACAAGGAGGAGUGUAAAACCAAAGAAGAACAAGCUGAUAUAAGUGUGGUUGAUGUUUCUGGAUUUUAA